AGGCAGCCGCCGGUGUCGUUGGGACCGGAGAUGGCUUCCAGGGGCAGAGGGCCCCGUAGUGACUUCGAUUGUAAAUCACUUCUUGCACUGCACGCUCGGUCCCACGUUCGUGCUCCAGCUUGCCAAGAGCCAGCCGCCAAACGAUCGGGCGCGAACCUGAAUACCAAAAAGUCGAGAGAAAAGGUAGAAAAAGACGAGGAAAAGUCGUCGCCGACCGCAACGACGACGGCGAUGACGAAAAAGAAACAGCCAAAAAGUCGAAAACCGGACUUGAAGGUGGAGGAUGGGAGCCGCAACACGGCGCAGCCGAUGGAGAUGGAGCAGCAUUGGAUGUUGGUCUUUUUGUCGACGUCGCGGAACGCGGAAAGUGCGGCCGGUCCGAGCGAGGUGUCCACGGUCCCACCGUCCGGUCUUUGGAUGUCGGCCGGCCGCGAGCGCGAGUGCCGAAUGUGCAAGGAGAUUGCGUGUGGAGCCGGGAGCGCAGCCUGGAAUGUCCUCCUCCAGUUUCCUUCGCGAAAAUGGCCAGAAUCCGUAAAGAAUGGCGAUCUGCCUGCCGCCUGUGGAUACUCCGGUUGUCGGUCCUGGUCGAAUGAGGUAGCUGCGGUGGAAAACGAGACCGACAACAAGUGCCUGAAAACCGUGUCUGUCCAUUGUCUGCCCCCAAAGUUGGAACGCGACGAGCGCCACAUAUGUGCGGAAAAUGUCCUCGCAAAAUGGCAGCAGUCGGGAGUUCGUGGAUGGGUGGACGCUUGCGCAGACCCUCGGCGAGGGUGCAUAUGGCGAAGUGAAAUUGUUAAUUAAUCGUCAAACGGGAGAAGCUGUUGCUAUGAAAAUGGUCGACAUGAAGAAACAUCCGGAUGCAACGUUGUCGGUUCGGAAGGAAGUUUGCAUUCAAAAAAUGCUCCAGCAUCAGUACAUUCUUCGAUAUUUUGGUAAACGUACUCAAGGCACUAUUGAAUAUAUCUUUCUGGAAUACGCAGCGGGCGGGGAACUGUUCGAUCGGAUUGAGCCGGACAUUGGCAUGCCACAAUACUUAGCACAACGUUAUUUCAAUCAACUCCUAUCCGGCGUUCAAUAUUUACACACCCGCGGCGUAGCACAUCGUGAUCUGAAACCCGAAAAUCUUCUCCUCGACGAGCAUGACAAUUUGAAGAUAUCCGACUUUGGAAUGGCUACAAUGUUUAGAAUGCGUGGCAAAGAACGCCUUCUGGACAAACGAUGUGGAACGCUGCCAUAUGUAGCGCCUGAAGUUUUAUGUCGUCCGUACCAUGCAACACCCGCCGAUAUAUGGUCAUGUGGUGUGAUUCUAGUCACGAUGCUUGCAGGAGAACUACCGUGGGAUCAACCGUCAACGAAUUGUGAUGAAUACGUUAAAUGGAAAGAUAGUGAUCGAUGGAUGACAAUGACACCGUGGAGUAAAUUGGAUACUCUAGCGAUAUCACUGCUCCGAAAGGUCCUCGCAACAAACCCAUCACAUCGGCUGUCUUUAGAAAAAAUUAUGGAUCACAAAUGGUGCCACAUGCAGUACGCCGAAUCAGACAUAAAAUCUUCGGACGUAACGGAUUGUUCAUUGAUCUCCUCGCCGCAAGCGAAACGACAACGUUCCAGUCAGGAUAUUUCUAAUCCUUUCGAUGACUCCAUAUCGCGAAUGUACUGUUCACAACCAAUGCCCACCGUGAAACACGACGAAAUCAACAACGUCCAGUCAGCAAACGGAGGCGAGGAUGCUGUCCGAAAUGGAUUCUGCUUCUCACAACCUGCCCUUCUGGACGAUCUCAUCCUUUGCUCCCAGAUGAAUUCAACUCAGACUGCUAGCCAAAAUGUAUUCCAAAGACUGGUGCGCCGCAUGACGCGCUUCUUCGUGACCACACAAUGGGAUGAGACUGUUAAACGACUGUCCGCGGUUAUUGAGAAAUUAGGUUACACAGUGAAACUGAACGACGAUAACAUUACAAUCUCGACAAUGGAUCGACGCAAGUUGCGGCUAGUAUUCAAGGCUCAUAUUAUCGAGAUGGACGGAAAGAUCUUACUUGAUUUCCGGCUAUCGAAAGGCUGUGGUUUAGAGUUUAAGAGGCGAUUUAUUAAGAUCAAACAGAUGCUAAGCGAUAUUGUCUGUAAAGGACCAGUCACAUGGCCGAUUGCUAUCGCCACAAAUUCGGUGCCUUAAAAAAGUACAUUCAAAGUUCCAUAUUUCUAAUUUUUGUACGUGCUGAUUUUGAUAAUAGGAAGUAUUACGCUGUUUUGCUUUAUCUCAUAAUUUUAUAUGCAAAUGCACCAACAAAAAGAGUGGCUACAAGGUGUUCAUACGUAGGUUUAAGGAUAUUGUUGACGAAUUUAGAACAAACAAAUUAUUUAGGAUUUGAUAUGAAAUGAGUUUUUGUUGAUAAUGAAAAUAAAAUGAAAAUUUUUUAU